AGACUCACGCACAGAGGAAGAGACAGGUCUCGCUUCCCACAGAGGAUUUUAAGUCUCCUUACAAAGCUCUUAGGAGCUCAUCACCACCAGUAAAGCUGUAUAAGCACCGGGUUGACGGGACCGAAGGAAGUGGCGCGUCGUACGGGGAGCUGCCUGCUGAAAUCGCCAUGAGUUACAAACCCAUUGCCCCUGCGCCAUCUGGCUCCAACCACACACCUCCAGGCUCUUCUGUGCCCUCUCCCUCACUGCCCUCGUCAUCCAACUUUAGGCCGGCUUUCAGUGACUUUGGCCCACCCUCCAUGGGCUUUGUUCAGCCUGUCAAAGUGUCUCAAGGGUCCACCUACAGUGAGCUCCUGUCUGUCAUUGAGGAGAUGAGCCGUGAGAUCAGGCCUACAUACGCUGGCAGCAAGAGCGCUAUGGAGAGGCUAAAGAGAGGUAUAAUCCACGCCCGUGCACUGGUCAGGGAGUGUCUUGCAGAGACGGAGAGAAGCGCCCGCACAUAACCUUUUGGAAAGAUCCCUUCACCCCCCCCCCCUCUCUUUCCCUGUUGAAGCUGUCCUCAUCAAGUAUCUG